AUGAGAACCUGGAACAAAACUGUGGGAUCCGACUUCAUCCUUAUGGGGCUGACAGAUUCUGCAGAGAUGCAGCUGGCGUUAUCUGUGCUGUUUCUCAUGACAUACUUGAUGACUGUUCUGGGAAACCUCGGCAUGAUCAUGAUAAUUUGUCUGGAUCGCCAGCUUCACACGCCCAUGUAUUUUUUUCUCACUCACCUCUCAUUCAUUGACCUCAGUUUCUCAAGUGUCAUCACACCGAAAACUUUAGUGAACUUGAUGACUUCUACCAAAAGUAUUUCAUUCUUGGGCUGUUUCACACAGACUUACCUUUGUGUCUUGUUUGCUGGUUCUGAAAUUUCUCUCCUCUCUGCAAUGGCCUAUGAUCGCUAUGUGGCCAUCUGCAAUCCUCUACAGUAUCCUGUUAUAAUGUCCUCAAGACUCUGCUGGGCCCUCAUUGCUGGCACUUAUAUGAUUGGCUUUGUGGAUUGUUCUUUCACUGUGUUCUCUAUAGCUAGGUUGCCUUUCUGCAAUUCCAAUGUAAUUCAUCACUUUUUUUGUGAUAUAUUUCCAAUUCUAGCUCUGUCCUGCAAUGAUACAUAUGUCACUCAAAUUGUAGUAUACAUUUGUGGUGGUUUUACCCUCCUUCAGUCCUUUAUCAUAAUGUCCUGGUCUUAUGUGUCCAUUCUCUCUACUAUUCUGAAAAUUAAGACAACUUCAGGAAAGCAGAAAGCCUUCUCCACCUGUGCCUCCCACCUGCUGGGGGUCACCAUUUUUUAUAGCACAACCACCUUUACUUAUUUAAAACCCAAGAAGUCCUACUCCCUGGGCAAGGAUCAAGUGGCUUCUGUGUUCUACACGAUUGUGAUCCCCAUGCUCAACCCACUCAUUUAUAGUCUUAGGAACAAGGAAGUGAAAAAUGCUUUCUUUCGAGUUGUGCAGAAGAAAGGGGGCUCCUGGAUACUAAAAUAA